CAAAGUUAACUGUGUAAGGCGGUGGAGGCAAUGAGGUCACGUGCCUCUUACUGGUAAGAUCAUGGAUUCCACAGCCUGGCUUACAGCAAUCCUCCCAGAAGAAUGAGCGUUCGGUUCGAUGCGACAUCGUAAUGAAGCGUUUUCUCAGCAAUCGAACUGAUACUGGGGGCUCUUCUCCCCGAAAGAAGAAUAAACUCGAUGUUGACAAGACUGCGGAGGAAGCCGACUAUGACUCUGAUGCAACAGAAAUAAUUGAUGACGAUACUCUUGAGGAGCAGCCUAAUCGGACCCACAAUGUCAAGGGUGCCUCGUCGACGACGUGUAGCUCUGUUCCGAUCUAUAUAGAUUCAAGAAUCUAUCUUACCAAGGUCCGCGAUCUCCCUGCCCAAAAAAAUGUUUGGUCAAAAAGUCUCGAGCAAAUCUUUCAUUUUGGCGACUUGGCUUGUAUGCUGCAGCUCAAUUACAUGGUCGAGUUGUCGUGGAUGAUGAAUCACUUGCCAGAAAAGAGCCGUAGUAUUCCAAUCACCUUUGUUCAUGGCCUGCGUGCAUUAAGCAGGGAAGGACUGAGGGUCGAAGCUAUACAAUUUCCCAAUGUCAAAAUAAUCAACCCCGAUCUUCCAAUUGCCUAUGGUACGCAUCAUACCAAGGCGAUGUUUCUCUUCUAUAAAGACGACACCAUGAGAGUUAUUAUUCAUACCGCCAACAUGAUAUCACGGGACUGGAGGAAUAAAACUCAGGGAAUCUGGAUGUCACCUAUACUGCAGAGGAAGGCUCCCUCUACGACUAUAUCUGACUUUGAGGUCGAUCUCCUCGCGUAUAUCAAGGCAUAUGGCCAUCCACUCCGCGAAUGGCAUGAAAAACUGAGCUUGUAUGAUUUUUCCACAUGCAACGCGGUUAUCAUCGCGUCGGUUCCUGGACGACACGUAGGGAAAGGUUUGAGAAGAUGGGGCCACUUGCGAUUGCGAUCGGUCUUGGACGAGGUGACGAUUGGCGAGCAAUGUCAAAGUAAAUCCAUCGUUGUUGGUCAGUUUUCCAGUAUAGGGUCUCUGGGGACGUCAGAUGAAUGGCUCACACAAGAGUUUGGAGCCAGUCUGUCGGCAUCACGCAACCUGGCUGAAUGUCGACCGCCAUCUAUUCGCCUUGUGUUUCCUACCGUAGAGAAUGUGCGGUCAAGUUUGGAGGGUUGGGCUGCCGGCAACUCGAUCCCCUUUGAUUCCAAAAAUUGGGCGAAGCAACAGCACUAUAUGAGACCGCGGAUGUGUAUCUGGCGUGCAGACGCGGCAGGGCGAGAUCGAGCAAUGCCACACAUCAAGACUUUCACUCGGCUGAGUGAAGAUGGAGAUAUUGCUUGGUUUCUUCUGACUUCCGCAAACCUCUCAAAAGCUGCCUGGGGCUCCCUGGAGAAGAACGCGAAGCAGCUGAUGAUAAGAAGCUAUGAACUUGGCGUUCUUGUUUAUCCUGAACUGUUCAAAAUGUCUGGGGUAAACAACAUUGCAAUGAGGAACGUAUCAUCUGAAGUCGCGCCAUUUCUCGACCUCACAUUAAACGGCAGGGGACCUGAUAACAUGCAGCGACCCGUCAUCAUACCGCUUCGUCUUCCCUAUGACCUUCCGCUGACACCAUAUGGACCAAAUGACGAGGCUUGGACAUGGGACCUGAAGCGUACACAGUUGGACAGCUGUGGAAUGACGAAGGAAUGAUUGACUGUGUUCGGCAGACCUUAAUCAGAUGCAACGUGUACAUACAAAGAUAGUAUUUAAGCAUAAAUAAAUGCUGUGGUAAGAUACAACGUCAAAAGGGAUCACAAUGCCGAAAACUACUCCGUUCU